AUCGGCUCAUUAUCAGGAGGUUCAACUUUGUCCUAGAACAGAGAACAGAUUCAGGAACACAGCUGAGUGGAGGACGCCUUUCAAACACAGAUAUUCUCUCUGGAUCUUAACCAUUUUCUUCUGUUUGCUUGUAUUUCUGUUUGUGAUUCUAGUGCCUGGAACAUGGCACUUCUCUCAGACAAGGCUUAUUCUGGGAUUGAACUCCUAGAUCUGCUCCUCGAGCCUCAUAAGAUCCCUCGUAUGGAGAACAGUGGUGACCAUGGCAACCCUGUGUGGUCAAUCACAGAUCAAAGCAUUCUGUGUCAUGGUGAAAGUGUUGUUGAUAACUUCCUGGACUCCCUGUUGCAAGCGUCAGAUGGCGUGCCACAGUCCUGCUCUCCUCCCUGGGUCCCCUCACCCUCUGACAGCGGAAUAAGCGACGACACUCCCUCUGACCACCUGGACAGCCCUCUGCCGCCCACCAGUCCGCUUUUUGACGCUGUCUUCCUCCCUCAGCAUCCUCAUCUUCUUCCUCAGCAUCUUCAGCAGCCAGACACACCUCUCACAAACACAGAGCCUGAUAUCUCCAUUGAUCUGGCAGAUUGGGAGGCCUGUCUGUUCUCUGAAGGUCUGACAGACUCUCAGUUCACAUCAGCAGUGCAGAGAACUCAACCAGCCACCGUUUACCAGCUCACCGUAAAAGACCUGCUGCUCUCCAACAUCGGAGAAGCUUCGAAACCCUCCACCCAGCAAUCCCAGCAAGAACUGCUUCUCAAUGAAGAUGAGAAAAAGCUUUUAGCCAAGGAAGGAGUCAGUCUUCCCAGCCAGCUGCCACUUAACAAGUGCGAAGAAAAGAUUUUGAAGAAGAUUCGGAGGAAAAUCCGCAACAAGCAGUCAGCACAGGAGAGCCGGAAGAAAAAGAAGGAAUAUGUAGAUGGACUGGAGGGCAGGAUGGCUGCCUGUAGCACUCAGAAUCUGGAAUUACAGAGGAAAGUCUUCCAGCUGGAGAAAACCAACACGUCUCUGAUGGAGCAGUUACGCCGGCUGCAGUCUCUGGUGAUGAACGGCUCCUGUAAACCGGCUCAGACGGGAACAUGCAUCCUGGUGCUGGUCCUCUCCUUCUCUCUCAUUCUCAUCCCGAGCCUCCAGCCCAUCUCACACAGGAGGGCCGCUGACCCCGGGGACUUCAGCCCCACAAAAGUUCAGUCCAGGUCACUGCGCUCGGUGAUGGAGGUGUACUCAGUCAACAGGGAUGUGGACAUGUCGUCUUCCACCCACAGCAAGCUUCGGCUCAGGCCCGAGUACGCCGACAUGGACCCUCUACAUCACAACCACAGCUACAGAGAUGGCAAGCAUCAUCACAGAGAUCCCAUCACGGGCCACGCUGCCGAACUGAGGUGGAUAACACAUCAUGAGAAAGACAGGAAGUGAUGUCAUGGAUUGGCGAACAUUUUAUCAGACAUUUGACCAAGGCGGCGCUCAUUGCGUCCACAGACAGGAAGUUACUGUCUGACAGACAUGCAAAGCAGCCAACUGCUGUUUGUUUUGCUUGUGCGUGUCAUUUAGGUGCAGGUUUAUCUGAAUAGAUUACACUGCGAUAGCAGACCGGAACUGUAAAAAUAUAAAAUGUUUCGAAAAUGUACAUAUUUUACAGAUGCUUUAGUUUACUUGAAAAUAAUGCACCUUAAACAAACUGUAUUGUACAAAAAAUGUCAUGCAAAUACAGUAAUCUGGCAAAUCUAGAA